UUGUUUAUACUUAUGUAUGUAUGUAUGUUUGUUGCUAUGUCCAUGCACAAAACUGACGUUCGACGUCGGCGCAAUUAAAGUGUGCGACGUUUCACAUGCCAUAGCAACAACAACAAUAGCGGCGAUGACCACAAGGCCUGCAAAAUGAACCAAACCGAGUGUGAAAAAAGCUUAAGCUUGUAAAUUUCAAAAUUAUUUGGUAAACAAAAAUUUAACGAAAAAAAAGAAGAGGAAAGUUGCGAAAUAAUUUGUAACAAUGCCAUUUACAAAAUAAACACAAUGCUAGAAAUGCCCGAAAUUAGAAAAACUACAAAUAUGCUUUAAAGCAUACAAAAUAUAGGUAUUACGGGCCAAACAUCGCUAAGAGCGGCACUCUAAACAACAUCAACAAUAGCAACAGCAACAAAAUUGGUGCAACAGCUAACAAAGGCAGCAACAGCAGCAGUAGCAACAACAGCAACAACAACAACCACUAACUGGCAUCAGUUGACGACCAUUAACGAAACGGCCACAAAAUGUUGUACAAUCUGAGCAAAGCAACAACGCGGCUUAAAAGACAGCAGCAGCAGGAGCCACAACAACAACAAUCUCACUAUCACUUUAAUAGACAGCAUUAUAAACCAGUACAACAUCGCUUCAUUUGGUGUUUAACAUUUUUAGCAACAUUUUGCGCACAGUACGUACAUUGCGCAGAUCUAGCCAUAAGCAUACCGAACAAUCCCGGUCUAGAUGAUGGUGCCUCAUAUCGUCUGGACUAUAACCCGCCCUUUGGUUACCCGGAGCCAAACACUACGAUCGCCUCACGUGAUAUUGGCGAUGAGAUUCAGUUCUCACGCGCCUUGCCAGGCACCAAAUACAACUUUUGGCUUUACUACACCAACUUCACGCACCACGAUUGGCUGACAUGGACGGUGACCAUAACGACGGCACCUGAUCCGCCAUCGAAUUUGUCGGUGCAAGUGCGCAGCGGCAAGAAUGCCAUUAUCUUGUGGUCACCACCCACCCAGGGCAGCUAUACGGCAUUCAAGAUCAAGGUUCUGGGCCUAUCGGAGGCAUCCAGCAGCUACAAUCGCACGUUCCAAGUCAACGACAACACAUUCCAGCACACGGUUAAGGAGUUGACGCCCGGUGCCACUUAUCAGGUGCAGGCCUACACCAUUUACGAUGGCAAAGAGUCGGUGGCGUAUACGAGUCGAAACUUUACCACAAGUCGACGGACGCGGCAUAAAGAAUUACUGGAUAUUAAAAUAUUGAGAGAGCCAAACACUCCGGGGAAAUUCAUUGUCUGGUUUCGUAAUGAGACUACGCUGCUGGUGCUGUGGCAGCCACCCUACCCGGCCGGCAUUUAUACGCACUACAAGGUCUCCAUAGAGCCGCCGGAUGCCAACGACAGUGUUUUGUAUGUGGAGAAGGAGGGCGAGCCGCCGGGGCCAGCGCAGGCGGCCUUUAAGGGUCUGGUGCCCGGUCGUGCAUACAAUAUUUCGGUGCAAACCAUGUCUGAGGAUGAGAUAUCCUUGCCAACGACAGCGCAAUAUCGCACAGUGCCGCUCCGACCGCUGAACGUCACCUUUGACAAGGAUUACAUCACCUCCAAUUCGUUUCGAGUGCUUUGGGAGGCGCCCAAGGGUGUCUCCGAGUUUGACAAAUACCAGGUGUCGGUAGCCACCACACGUCGACAAUCGACAGUGGCACGCAGCAAUGAACCGAUUGCCUACUUCGACUUCCGUGAUAUCGCUGAGCCAGGCAAAACGUUCAAUGUGAUCGUCAAGACAGUCUCCGGGAAGGUGACAUCCUGGCCAGCAACUGGCGAUGUUACAUUGCGACCACUGCCAGUGCGUAAUCUGCGCUCUUUCAACGAUGACAAGACCAAUACGAUGAUCAUAACAUGGGAGGCGGAUCCGGCCAGCACGCAGGACGAGUAUCGCAUAGUAUACCACGAGCUAGAAACUUUCAAUGGCGACACCAGCACUCUAACUACGGAUCGCACACGCUUCACACUCGAGAGUCUUCUACCCGGACGCAAUUAUUCGCUAUCUGUGCAGGCUGUAUCCAAAAAAAUGGAAUCUAAUGAGACAACCAUUUUUGUUGUAACACGCCCUUCAUCGCCGAUUAUUGAGGACCUUAAGAGCAUCAAGAUGGGCUUGAAUAUUAGCUGGAAGAGCGACGUGAACUCCAAGCAGGAACAGUACGAGGUGCUAUACUCUCGCAACGGCACCUCGGAGGUGCGCACGCUCAUCACCAAGGAAUCGCGACUAGUAAUCAAGAAUUUACAGCCCGGCGCCGGCUACGAGGUCAAAGUGUUUGCCGUGAGUCACGAACUUCGCAGCGAACCGCAUGCCUACUUCCAAGCAGUGUUUCCCAACCCACCACGCAAUAUGACCAUCGAAACAGUUCGGAGCAACUCAGUGCUGGUGCACUGGUCGCCGCCAGAGAGUGGAGAAUUCACAGAGUAUUCUAUACGGUAUCGCACCGACAGUGAACAGCAGUGGGUGCGACUUCCAAGUGUGCGCUCUACUGAGGCGGACAUUACAGACAUGACCAAGGGCGAGAAAUACACUAUACAGGUCAAUACCGUAAGCUUCGGUGUAGAGAGCCCCAAUCCGCAGGAAGUGAACACCACAGUGCCACCAAAUCCUGUUUCCAACAUCAUACAAUUGGUAGACUCGCGAAAUAUAACGUUGGAGUGGCCCAAGCCCGAGGGACGGGUAGAGUCGUAUAUACUGAAGUGGUGGCCGACUGAAAAUCCUAGCAGGGUGCAAACAAAGAACGUCUCAGAGAAUAAGUCGGCUGAUGAUCUGUCUACGGUGCGGGUCCUUAUUGGGGAUCUGAUGCCGGGCGUCCAGUACAAGUUUGACAUUCAGACAACGUCCUAUGGCAUUUUAUCCGGUAUUACCAACCUCUAUCCGCGCACUAUGCCUCUCAUUCAGUCCGACGUGGUUGUCGCCAAUGGUGAGAAAGAGGACGAGCGGGAAACUAUUACGCUGUCCUACACUCCCACGCCGCAGUCCUCUUCAAAGUUCGACAUCUAUCGGUUCUCAUUGGGCGAUGCAGAGAUCAAGGACAAGGAGAAGCUAGCCAAUGACACCGAUCGCAAGGUUACCUUCACCGGCCUCGUGCCGGGCCGGCUAUACAACAUUACCGUAUGGACGGUGAGCGGAGGUGUUGCUAGUCUGCCCAUACAACGCCAGGAUCGCCUCUAUCCGGAGCCAAUUACCCAACUACAUGCCACUAACAUCACGGAUACGGAGAUCUCGUUGCGCUGGGAUCAGCCCAAGGGCGAGUACAAUGAUUUCGACAUUGCCUACCUCACGGCCGACAAUCUGCUGGCCCAGAACAUGACUACCCGCAACGAAAUAACAAUCACUGAUUUACGACCGCAUCGUAACUAUACAUUCACCGUUGUCGUGCGCUCCGGCACUGAGUCAUCUGUGUUGCGCAGCAGCUCACCGCUUUCAGCAAGCUUUACCACUAAUGAGGCUGUGCCGGGUCGCGUCGAACGCUUCCAUCCCACCGAUGUACAGCCCAGCGAGAUUAACUUCGAGUGGUCUUUGCCUUCUAGCGAGGCCAACGGCGUCAUACGUCAGUUCUCCAUAGCCUACACCAACAUCAACAACCUUACCGAUGCAGGUGUACAGGACUUUGAUUCGGAGGAAUCCUUUGGUGUCAUUAAGAACCUCAAGCCAGGCGAAACCUAUGUCUUUAAAAUCCAGGCCAAGACGGCCAUAGGCUAUGGACCAGAACGCGAGUACAAGCAAACUAUGCCCAUAUUGGCACCGCCUCGUCCUGCCACCCAAGUGGUUCCCACAGAGGUGUACCGCAGCUCUUCCACUAUACAGAUACGCUUCCGCAAGAACUAUUUCUCGGACCAGAACGGCCAGGUGCGCAUGUACACAAUUAUUGUGGCCGAGGACGAUACAAAGAAUGCGUCCGGCUUAGAGAUGCCCAGUUGGCAUGACGUGCAGUCGUAUAGCGUGUGGCUCCCCUACCAAGCUAUCGAUCCGUACUAUCCAUUUGAGAAUCGCUCUGUAGAAGACUUUACCAUUGGCACUGAAAACUGCGACAAUCACAAGAUCGGCUACUGCAAUGGGCCUCUGAAAUCAGGAACUACAUAUCGCGUGAAGGUGCGAGCCUUUACGGGACCAGACAAGUUUACGGACACAGCCUACAGCUUUCCGAUACAGACAGAUCAAGACAAUACCUCGCUGAUCGUGGCUAUUACGGUGCCGCUAACCAUUAUUUUGGUGCUGCUCGUCACGCUCGUCUUUUAUAAGCGCCGUCGCAACAAUUGCCGCAAGACCACAAAGGACUCUCGCGCCAACGACAACAUGUCCCUGCCGGACAGCGUCAUCGAACAAAAUCGCCCCAUUCUGAUCAAAAACUUUGCCGAGCACUAUCGUCUGAUGUCCGCCGACUCCGAUUUCCGGUUCAGCGAGGAAUUUGAAGAGCUUAAACAUGUUGGCCGUGAUCAGCCAUGCACGUUUGCCGAUCUACCGUGCAAUCGACCCAAGAAUCGCUUCACCAACAUCCUACCGUACGAUCAUUCGCGUUUCAAGCUUCAGCCAGUGGACGACGAUGAGGGCUCCGACUACAUCAAUGCUAACUACGUGCCCGGCCACAAUUCGCCACGUGAGUUCAUUGUCACCCAGGGUCCGCUGCACUCGACACGUGACGACUUCUGGCGCAUGUGCUGGGAGAGCAAUUCGCGUGCUAUUGUCAUGUUGACGCGGUGCUUCGAGAAAGGGCGCGAGAAGUGCGACCAGUACUGGCCUAAUGAUACGGUACCAGUAUUCUAUGGCGACAUCAAGGUGCAAAUACUGAAUGACAGCCAUUACGCCGACUGGGUCAUGACCGAGUUCAUGCUGUGCAGGGGCAGUGAACAGCGUAUUUUACGGCACUUCCACUUCACAACUUGGCCCGAUUUCGGAGUGCCUAACCCGCCUCAGACUUUGGUGCGCUUUGUACGCGCCUUCCGGGAUCGCAUCGGUGCCGAACAACGGCCCAUUGUGGUGCACUGCAGCGCCGGCGUCGGACGCUCAGGCACUUUCAUUACCCUAGAUCGGAUAUUGCAGCAAAUCAAUACGUCGGACUAUGUGGACAUUUUCGGCAUUGUCUAUGCCAUGCGCAAAGAACGCGUCUGGAUGGUGCAAACGGAGCAACAAUACAUCUGCAUACAUCAGUGUUUGCUGGCCGUGCUCGAGGGCAAAGAGAAUAUAGUGGGCCCCGCACGUGAAAUGCACGAUAACGAGGGCUACGAAGCCCAAGGAGCUCAAAUGGAUGAGCAUGGCGCCAUAAUUGCCACCAUUGAGGGCCACAUGCACGAUCUUCAGCAGGCCGAGGCGGAGGCGAUCGAUGAUGAGAAUGCGGCGAUCAUACACGACGACCAACAGCCACUGACCAGCAGCUUUAGCGCAAGUCUAGUGCCUGCCCAUAGCGCCUCGAUGAGCUCGUUUAGCGCCGCCGUUGUGGCCGCCGCCGCUGCGUCCGCAGACGGACCUGACAGAUGA